UCCGGCCGAAUAGCACGUCGGGCCGCCGCUGCCGCCGCGGCGCCGCGCCGUCAGCGCUGCUCCCUCCGCCCGCUCUCCAUAACUGCGAGUACAAUGUCGCCGCGCGCGCAGCGCGGCCCGCUCGGCGGCUGCUCGUGCCCGUUCGCGAUGGCCACCGCCGGGGCCCAGUAGCGCCUGAAGAUGGGUGAGUUCGUGACUCUGACGGUGCCGCCGACGGCGUUCAACGAGGCCGUGUCGGUGGUGCCGGACGUGGCGUCGCGAGCCGACGCGGACAUGCCGUGGCAUGAGGUGCUGCUGACGGUGCUCAAGGCGCUGGCCAUGGUGCUGAUCAUCGUGUCGUCGGUGCUGGGAAACCUGCUGGUGAUCUGCAGCGUGAUCCGCUACCGCCGACUGCGGGUCAUCACUAACUACUUCAUAGUGUCGCUGGCGCUGGCCGACAUGCUGGUCGCGCUCGGCGCCAUGACGUUCAACGCCAGCGUGCAGCUGUCGGAGCGCUGGAUGUUCGGCCUAGUCGUGUGCGACCUCUGGAACUCGCUGGACGUGUACUUUAGCACCAUUUCGAUCCUGCACCUUUGCUGUAUCAGUGUGGACCGCUACGUGGCCAUCGUGCUGCCACUCGAGUACCCGAUGAAGAUGACGCACAGGGUGCUGCUGAUGAUCCUGGCCGCGUGGCUGGCGCCCAUCCUCAUCUCGUUCAUCCCAAUCUUCCUCGGUUGGUACGCCACCGACGAGUACCUCAGCUCCCGCUCCCCAGACGAGUGCUCCUGGGAGGUCAACAUGUGGUUCGCGGUCGUCUCCUCUUCCAUAUCCUUCUGGAUCCCGGGCGUCAUCAUGGUCUGCCUAUAUCUGCGCGUGUUCAGAGAGGCGGACCGCCAGGAGCAGAUGCUGCACAAGGCACGCGGCAAGGCCCAGAUGGGUCACACAGAACGGCGGAGCGGAUGGAGGUAG